GAAUGGGUGUAAAGGUCAAAGUCUAUUAUCAGAGCAAUAAGAAUAAUUGAAUUUAAAAAAAAAAAAAAAAUCAUUCUACAUCAUUGCAUGUACAUAUUUUAGUUUUAUUUGAGCCUUGUAAAAAUAUUCUCAAAAUUCUGCUAACUGUGGUUCGCGAGAGAGUUCUCCGGCGUAGGCGUAGGCCAUUGAAUUGCCAUUGGCUGCGCCUAGAGAUGUUGGCGUAGAUCGUAUUGUCAGUAUUGUAGACUGUAGACUAAAAAUAUUAGUAAUAUAAAAAUAAUUAUACUAUAAUUUACCUGACGUUGUUUAAUAAAAAUAAUGUGAUAAAAGGGCCUAUUUUAUUCAAAGAGUUCAAGGACAAGAGGCUAAUAGUGAUGCUGAUAUAUAUUAGGCCUAAUAAUUUAAUAUCUAAUAAAUAUUAUUACUAGGCCUAGCUGAGAAUUUUUAUAAAAUGGCAGCAGUACUGAAACAUUGGCGAGAAGCAGCAACCUUGAUUCUAGUUACUUCUACAAAUCUAACAAAAAGAGGAACUCGCUUGAACUUAACGAGUACUUCAGUUUCUAAACCAAAAAUGGACGAACUGAAUAAUACCAACAAAACAAUGCUGAUUACUGAGCAGGAGCUAUUCAUGGAUAAUUUUGAGGUCUUAAUGCUUAAGAGAAGUGGAAAAAGUAAAUUUAUGCCAAAUGUUUAUGUCUUUCCUGGCGGUGUUGCUGUAGACUGUGACUUCUCAUCUCAGUGGUUACCGGUUUUUAAUAAAUUGGGUUCAGAUGUGUGCCAAAAACUUUUCUGUUCCAUUUCAGUGGGAUCGCCUAAAGCUGCUCCAAUGUUUACUCGACAAAGAGAUUCGGCUUUCUCCUCCCUCCCCUCUGAAGUAGCUUUCCGCAUUUGUGCUAUUAGAGAAACCUUUGAGGAGUCUGGAGUAUUAUUAGCACAGCCAGCUCAGAAAUCAUUGAAUCAAAUACACUCCCAGAGUAGGAGUUUAAGCCCUGCCCUAUUACAUGAGGAUGCCAACGUUAUCACUCAGUGGCGAGAGCGUGUCAACAAAGACCCAAAUGAAUUUCUGAAAAUGUGCCUGGAGCUAGACCUAGUACCAGAGGUGUGGUCAUUGUAUGAAUGGUCAAACUGGUUAACUCCUACAAUGGAUACAAACAAUAACCGCAGAUUUGAUACAGCAUUUUACAUCUGUUGUGUGGAUCAUAAACCAGCAGCAGCAGUUGAUUCAGGGGAAACAGUAAAUGCUGUGGUAAUUAUUACACCAUAGAUAUUAUUGGUAUUUUUACAACAUAUUCAUUAUUGGUCAACUCAUUGGGCUAUCACUAUCAGCUAAUUGUUACUAUAUUUCAUUUACUAUUUUGGGAUAAAAACAAUAUUGUUCAUGUAUUUAUUAAAUGCAGGAGAGUUUUAGCAAAAUUAAAAUUGUUAUAAUUUAGAUAUUUUGCUUUUUUUUAAAUAAAAAAAAAGAAUUUACAGAGCUUAAUCAUAAAAUUGAAUGUCUGCAUCCAUAAAUAACAUCACACUAUUUUACCCCUCCUCCCCCCACCCACAGAUCUGUGACAUCAUUUAUAGAUAUCCCCUUUUGGUCUUUAGUAUAAGUCAACCCCUAAAUAUGUCCUGAAAUAAUUCCAGAAUUGAAUUAUCUACUUAUUUUAAAAAGUUAUCAGGUAAUGAAACUAAAUUUGAAACAUUUUAGAAUCUUUGUCUUUAAAAUAAAUAUGAAAACUGUAAGAAAUAUUCAAACAUUGAACAAAAUUAAAAGAAUCUUAUCAUUAAGUAGUUCAAUCUAAAUGAUAGUUCAAUUUAAAUGGUUUAGCAUUAUCACUUUUUUUGCUUUCAUUCUGAAGUGGGCAUCACCAAGCUCUUUACUGUGUGCACACUUCAAGCAGAAAGGUGUGAUGGCGCCCCCACAAGUGUAUGAGCUCUCGAGGCUUGUCAACUUGAAAUCAGCAAGUGAUAUUCUGAUCUUAGUGUCUGAACCGAAUCGUGAGAGGGUGGAGAGAUGGAUGCCUAUAGCUGCGGUUUGCCAAGAUGCAAAAAUGUCAAUUAUGCCAGGUAUUGCCCUUUAUAACGCUUCUUAAAAAAUCAUUUGAUAGUUGAAUACUUAUGAAAAUCAACCAAUAUGUUUUACAGAAAAGUAAAUUGUCCAGAAUCAUCCCUGUCAACGUGUACAUGAUAGUUGAAAUUUUUCCCACAUUUUUGUAGACCGAUUUUUAUUCCCCAUAGGCACUUAGUACCUUGUUUUCAUAAGUAAACAUAUUUUUAAGUACGUAGACAAUGUGACAAAGAGUGCACCAACCAUGAAUUAUUUUUAGAUUUUUUGUAAUCUGUUUUCUUACAAUUUACAAUCAUUCUAUUGGAUAAAUUUUCCUCGCACAUAAUAAUAAUAGUGCAACAUUAUAUACCAAACCCCUCUCAGAAAUUCAGUGUUUUAUGUUUUAGCAAUACCGUCUCAUAUUUUAAUAAAUUACUAUCUCAUUAAUAUUAUCUUGUAUUUUAAUAAAUGGCCAAUAAUUAUCUAAUAUUUCAAUGACGGGUGAGUCUAAACCUCCACUAACAUUUCUUUGGCAGUUUCGACAAGACUCAGUUGGGACAUCUCCAGUGGUAAAGGCUUCAAGGUCUUUGCUCUUUAUUGCCUCUUGUCUUUGCUCUUUAUUGCCUCUUGUGCUCUGCACAGCUGUUCUGUUGGCUUUCUCUUUCCUGGAGUAGUUGUGUGCUAAAGAGCACCGUGAGGCUCCAUUCCUCACUGUUUGUUCCAUUGCGUCUGGGUACAUGGCGAUCGCUUUCAGUGAGGGUUCAGGAAGUCUUAAAAUUAUUUUCUCUGACCUCAUUCUGACCAUAAAAUAUUUUUAUGGCAGCUGAAGUGUCUGUGGCCUUGAUAUGGAGCGACUUUGCUUGGUGCUUGUAGAAUGUCCACAUUUGACAAGGUGCUGGUAGAAUGUCCACAUUUGACAAGGUGCUGGUAGAAUGUCCACAUUUGACAAGGUGCUGGUAGAAUGUCCACAUUUGACAAGGUGCUGGUAGAAUGUCCACAUUUGACAAGGUGCUGGUAGAAUGUUCACAUUUGACAAGGUGCUGGUUAUGUUGUUCGUCCGUCGAAGUCGACAAGGACCAUCGAAUCAUCCGGUUAGGGGCGGGCAGGGGGGGGUGGGAUUACGGUGAGCUCUUAGGUGGCUUGCUAGACCGAUCCUUGCUCGGAAUAAUCUAUGACACUGUGGGCAUGGAAUAGUUGCUUCAGGCGAUGACCUAAUGUUGCUCUUUCGGACAAGCCUGCGUGUCUCAGCUGCGGUUAUUCUCUUAGCUUCAUGGGAUUUUGCCCCCUUCUUGACAGCAGCUCUCCAUCUGGCUCUGUCCUGGGCUGUCUGCAUCCAUUGAGUAGGGUUUAUGCUGAAGGCCUUUAGUGCCACUUUCAGUGAGUCUUUGUAACGCUUUCUUUGGCCUCCUUGGGAGCGCUUGCCUAUUGUGAGUUCUCCAAAGAAUAUUUGUUUCGGGAGCCGGUGGUCUGCCAUACGGGCUACGUGUCCCAUCCAACGGAGCUGAGACUGCAUCAGAGUGGUGAAGAUACUAGGUAGGUUCGCUCUAGUGAGGACAUCGGUGUCGGGGACUUUGUCUUGCCACCUGAUGUCGAGGAGUUUCCUGAGGCAGGUAGUGUGAAAAUGAUUCAGUUUCUUGGCGUGACGCUGGUAGACAGUCCACGUUUCACAUCCAUAAAGCAGUGUCGGGAGGACUGCUGCGCUAUAGACCUUGAGCUUUGUUUCUCGACUGAUACCUCUCCUGUCCCAAACAGUGCUGCGGAGCCUGCCAAAUAGGGCACUAGCUUUUGCGAGUCUGCCAUUCAUUUCAUCAUCCAUGACGACAGAUCUAGAGAGGGUGCUGCCCAAGUAAGUAAAUUUAUCCACCGGGUUGAGACGCUGUCCACUGAUGAUGAUGUUGGGUUCAACGUAGGGCUUACUGGGAGCUGGCUGAUACAUCACCUCAGUCUUCUUUGUGUUGAUUGUGAGGCCAAAGUUAUUGCAGGCCUCUGAGAAGAUAUCAACACUGUGUUGCAUGACGGCUUCUGAUGGAGCAUUAAGGGCACAAUCGUCUGCAAACAGAAGCUCGUUGAUCGUGGUAUGUUUGACCUUGGUUUUAGCUUGAAGCCUCCUAAGGUUAAAUACUGAUCCAUCAGUACGAAACCGGAUUGGCAAGCCCAUGGUGGAGUCCUUGAACGCAUCAGACAGCAUUGCGGAAUACAUAAUACUGAAGAGUGUGGGAGCAAGAACACAACCCUGUUUUACACCGUUUGUGACGGGGAAUGCUGGAGAUGAUUGACCGUUGUCCUGUACUCGGGCCAUCAUACCAUCAUGCAGCUGAGGGAUGAUGUUUGUGAACUUGUCUGGGCAUCCGUAUUUCUUCAUGAUUUUCCACAAGCCAGCUCUAUUGACCCUGUCAAAGGCCUUCUUCAAGUCGAUAAAUGUAGUAUAUAGGUCUUUAUUUUGUUCCUGGCAUUUCUCUUGAAGCUGUCUAGCAGCAAACACCAUAUCGAUGGUUCCGCGUUUUUUCCGGAAACCGCAUUGACUUUCGGGUAGGAGACCUAGCUCCAGAUGUGCAUUCAGGCGGUUCAGAAGGGCUCGGGCCAAGAUCUUGCCUGCAAUGGACAGUAGUGAAAUUCCGCGGUGAUUGUCGCAUGCCUUGCGGUUACCUUUGUGUUUGUACAGGUGGAUGAUUGAGGCAUCCUUGAGGUCUUGUGGUACAGUUUCCGUCUGCCAGAUGAUUUGGAAUAAGCCAAAUAGCUUAUCCGUCAGCGCUGGUCCACCCUCCUUGUAGAUUUCGGCAGGAAUCAUGUCGGGGCCAGGUACUUUGCCAUUGGACAUUUUGCGGAUCGCUGUCUGUAUCUCAUCAAAAGUUGGGACGGCGUCCAGUGAAUUGUUCGUUGGGACCUGGGGGAGUCUUUCAAUGGCCUCAUCAUUAAGGAUGGAAGGUGUAUUGAGCACACUUUCAAAGUGUUCCGCCCAUCUUUCCAAGAUUUUCUCUUUGUCUGUAAUGAGCAAAGAACCAUCAGCACAAAGGAGAGGGGAAGAGCCUGAGGUGGAGACACAUUUGACAAGGUGUUGGUAGAAUGUCCACAUUUGACAAGGUGCUGGUAGAAUGUCCACAUUUGACAAGGUGCUGGUAGAAUGUCCACAUUUGACAAGGUGCUGGUAGAAUGUCCACACUUGACAAGGUGCUGGUAGAAUGUCCCACAUUUGACAAGGUGCUGGUAGAAUGUCCCACAUUAGACAAGGUGCUGGUAGAAUGUCCACCUUUUACAAGCCUAGAGUAGUAGAUUGAACAAAACUAUCUUUUAGAGUUAAAGUUUAGUUGGAGUGGUAUUCUCUUAUAUUAUACAUUGGUAGACAGUAGUCUUAAGGUUACACUGGCUCUGACCAUAUGAAAGUUUCUCUUUCUGUAAAUAGUAGCAAUCUCUGACUAUUUAUGAGACAUUGAUAGCACUUUGUGACAAUGGGCUGAAAAGCUAUGUUAUGAGACAUUGAGAGUGACACAAGACACUGAACUGAUUUAAACAUCAAGAAACUUCAUGUACUUUCCAGAGUUUUUUUUGCAGAUGAGCAGAUGACCGUCCACUCUUUGGUGAAUCAGAAGCUAAUAUGCAACACAAUAUUUCACAUGUUUGUAAUGCUUGGAAAACCUGUUUGCCUACUAUGUAUACAGUCAAGACUAAGAAUCUGCAUCAGAUCAUGGAAAGCCUGUUUGCCUACUAUGUAUACAGGCAAGACUGAGAAUCUGCACCAGCUUAUGGAAAGCCUGUUUGCCUUCCAUGUAUACAGUCAAGACUGAGAAUCUGCAUAGCUCAUGGAAAGCCUGUUUGCCUACUAUGUAUACAGGCAAGACUGAGAAUCUGGACCAGCUUAUGGAAAGCCUGUUUGUCUACCAAUUAUACAGGCAAGACUGAGAAUCUGCAUCAGUUCAUGGAAAGCCUGUUUGCCUACCAUGUAUACAGUCAAGACUGAGAAUCUGCAUCAGCUUAUGGAAAGCCUGUUUGCCUACCAUGUAUACGAGCAAGACUGAGAAUCUGCAUCAGUUCAUGGAAAGCCUGAUCCUCAAGCUGAGACAAAGACAUUUAAUGACAUUAGUUUUUAUAAAUGCUUUAAAGCAGUGGUUCUCAACCUGUGUGUCAUGACCCCUUUGGCCGUCGAACAACCCUUACUCAGGGGUUGCCUAAGACAAAUCAGAAUACACAUAUUUAUGAAGUAACAACUAACAUAAUUUAAGGGUUAGGAGUCAUCACAACAUGAGGGAAUGUGUUAAAGGGUCGCCACCUUAGGAAAGUUGAGAACCACUACCUUAAAGGUUUUUUUUAUGAGUUCAAAAAUCUUUCUUUGCUGAUGAACCCAAGCAUAAAAAUUCUACUUUGCUGAAAGUUAAACAUAAAAUGUUUGCUUAAUUUGUUCAGGAGAUGACUUGUAUCCCCAAGAGCCAGUCCUUGAGUCCCAGGAACUUCUUACUUUCAAACAAACAUUAGCACAACUAAGUCAGGACUACCCCAACCAACACAGAAUCAUCUAUGGUUCUCAAAGUUUACUCCAAGGUGAUCUCAAGAUAAAGGUGUCUAUUCCGGCAAAGAAAGGUCACAUACUGCCAGAUGAAGACGUACUGGACAAGUUUAAGAUGAAUGCACAACUUUAAAGCUAAAAACUAAAAAUAUUUUGUUGGUUAAUUGAUGUGAAUAUGUAGGUCAUUAAAUUCAACAAAAAGCAGAGGUCAUUACAUUCAAGGAUAUACAGAUGUCAUUAGAUUCAAUAAUCAGUUAAGUUUCUCUUCACUUUAGCUAAUUUCUACUUAUUGUUAUAAAUU